AUGAGUCAUCUAGCAUGUCAUCGACCGUCUGUUGUCUGCAGUAAACAAAAAAGAAAAGUAAAAAAUCAAAAUCAUUUGAUUUUGCCGGCCGUGCUCGAAGGAUUUGCAAACUGUAUUCACAUUCCACAGUUUUGUAUUAAUUUAACAAAACAAAAUGUCCUCCUCAAUUGUAAUACCAUCAGCAUCAGACUUUGUUAAAGUUAAUGUUUCCAAUUCCAAAACCGAUGGCAUUGCCUUUGAAAAGAAAUUUCCAAAAAGUUUAACAAUUGCUGAGCUCAAAGAAAAACUGGAAAUUGUAACCGGAGGCAGUGCCUCAACCAUGCAAAUUGAGCUCUACAAUGGCGAUCGUCUCAUAUGCAAAAUCGACAAUAAUAACUCUCUUCUUGGUUCGUAUCCCAUUGAAGAGGGUAUGCGUUUGCAUGUUAUAGAUAGCUUCCUAAUACUUGCCGAUGAGGUGGAAAAAUUCGAAUUGACCGACACUCAGUACGAACAAAAGCAAGAUUCAGUGCGAAGUUUUCUGAAAAAGAAUCGUCUUGGCAAGUACAAUGAGGAAGAGAUGAAACAAAUAGAGGAAAAGCGUAAACAAGCUGCUGAAGAGGAGCAACGCAGAGCUGAUCUCAUAACAGUUGGAUCCAGAUGCAAGGUACAAGUAAAAGGAAACCCAACUCGCCUAGGAACAGUUAUGUACAAGGGUGAGAUUGAAGGCAAAAAGGGAGUUUUCAUUGGAGUCAAAUAUGAUGAACCUUUGGGCAAGAAUGAUGGAUCGGUUGAUGGCAAACGCUAUUUCGAAUGUGAAGCGAACUAUGGUGGCUUUGUUGUUCCCUCGGGUGUGGAGAUUGGAGAUUUCCCACCUGAAGAUUCUGAGUUGGAUGAAAUAUAAAUGAACACAUGCAUAUCCACUGGUGGACAAAAAUAUACUCUCCUGUUCGAACAACAACAAAAUGCUGGAACAUUAUUAUUUUCUAUAUUUAAUUUUUUUUUAAUUUAGUAUUUACUUUUUGCCAAUGAUUAAUUGCUAAUAAAAAUGAUAUCACAAAACAAAGUAACGAAAGAAGAAAUUGUAGUCAAAAUCAAAUUUUGUUAACACAUUCCACGAUUAUGCAAUUCUGAGUUUAUUCUGUUCAAUUGAAACAAAAGGAAAUGUUUCUUCCAAA